CCGGGACCCCCCAGCGUCUGCCAAGCCGCUGCUGCGCUGGGACGAGGUGCCCGACGACUUCGUGGAGUGCUUCAUCCUGUCGGGCUACCGGCGUCUGCCGUGCACGGCCCAGGAGUGCCUAGCCUCGGUGCUGAAGCCUACCAACGAGACGCUCAACUUCUGGACGCACUUCAUCCCGCUGCUGCUGUUCCUGAGCAAGUUCUGCCGUCUGUUCUUCCUGAGCGGCGGCGACGUGCCCUUCCACCACCCGUGGCUGCUGCCGCUGUGGUGCUACGCGUCGGGAGUGCUGCUGACCUUCGCCAUGAGCUGCACGGCGCACGUGUUCAGCUGCCUGUCGCUGCGCCUGCGCGCCGCCUUCUUCUACCUGGACUACGCGUCCAUCAGCUACUACGGCUUCGGCAGCACGGUGGCCUACUACUACUACCUGCUGCCCGGCCUCAGCUUGCUCGAUGCCAGAGUCAUGACUCCAUACUUGCAGCAGCGCCUGGGCUGGCACGUGGACUGCACGCGCCUUAUCGCCGCCUACCGCGCCCUGGUGCUGCCCGUGGCCUUCGUGCUGGCGGUGGCUUGCACUGUGGCCUGCUGCAAGAGCCGUACCGACUGGUGUACCUACCCAUUCGCGCUGCGCACCUUCGUCUUCGUCAUGCCGCUCAGCAUGGCCUGCCCCAUUAUGCUCGAGAGCUGGCUCUUCGACCUGCGUGGGGAGAACCCCACACUCUUCGUGCACUUCUACCGCCGCUACUUCUGGCUGGUGGUGGCCGCCUUCUUCAACGUGAGCAAGAUCCCCGAGCGCAUCCAGCCAGGUCUCUUCGACAUCAUCGGCCACAGUCACCAGCUCUUCCACAUCUUCACCUUCCUCAGCAUCUACGACCAGGUGUACUACGUAGAAGAGGGCCUGCGCCAGUUCCUCCAGGCGCCGCCUGCCGCACCCACUUUCUCAGGUACUGUGGGCUACAUGCUGCUGCUGGUGGUCUGCCUGGGGCUGGUCAUCAGGAAGUUCCUGAACAACUCCGAAUUCUGCAGUAAAAAGUGAGCCUCCGCCUUGGAGGAGACUACUGGUUCGCCCAUCUGUUUGGAGUUUCUGUUGUUGCUAUUGUUGGUUUGUUUUCAAGUUUCAUUGUGUUUUCUUCUUUGCUCAAGGAAGGUGCUGCAAAACCAUAGGGAAAAAGUUCACAGCUACAAAGGGAUCCCAACCCACUGGAGGCUUUCAAGGAGGCUGGCGGGGGUGUUCAAGUGGUAGGGAAAUAGUCACUGGUUCUUGCCCUUGGAAAAAAUUCAGGUGAUGUCUUUGACAUCCAGGGAUUUCUCAAAGGCAGUGAGUAAAAUUCCAAAUAAAGCCCCCAAAGAGUUUGCUUUUCCAAUCAUCUGUGCCAUUGGUAAUAAGGAGUAGCCCCUAUGAGGUCAGGUACACAAUAAAGAGGGUAAAUAGAAUCCUUGGGAACUUCUAUUUCAGUCUGAGGAAUGCUUGGAUUUGUCAAAAGAAUGGAGCUUUGUAGGAAACAGGCACAAAGACGCAAACCCAGGGCUUAACCUGCUAGGAAAUGCAUGGAAUGUGAACACAAAUUAAUUAUUUCAAAACGUUUUUCAGAUGUUAUUUAAAUAGUAAUAUAUACGUUGAUUUUUCAUAAUUUAUCAAAGCCUGUGAUGUGCACUGAAUUUUCUUUGUCACAUAGUUUUGAAUUUCACAGCCUUCUGCAUUGCAUACACUUGAACUGGACAUCAGGGGAAGCUACUUGAGAGUUCUCAACUACUUUCUUAAACAGUGUUUUCUGAAGGCCUGUGUCAUGAUACAACUGUGAAUUAUUCUACCUUAGGGACUCUGGUUAAACUAUUGGUGAGGAGCUCGAGUGGUUUGUAUAGACCCCAGAUUUUUGUUUAUUCUAAUGUGUUCCACAAAACCCAUCCGGUUUUUGUUAGUUUGUUUGGUUUUUUAUCUUUUUCUUUCCUUCUCUACUUAUUUAAAUUGCCACUGCAAUAAAUGUGCCUUUUGAAGCAAUGUCCAAA